UUGUUUAUUGAGUUCCAUGUAUUUAACCAACAUUACAUUUUAAAUUUUUAUAAUUUCUACAGUUGAGAAUAUAAACAUGAUUUUGUUCUUAUAAUGAAUGUAGUUACAUCAGAUACUGUAUUUGGCUUAUGUUUGAAAAUAUUUAAUCUGACCAACUUAAUUAUCACCUUAGCACAUGUCAUUUUCAUCUGUACUUUAUUUGGUAAAAUAAUCCAUUAGAUAGUAUAAUCUUGAGAAGGGUAAGGUAGAAUUGAGUGGGGCUAGAAAGAAAUUAGAGGCAGUAGACAGGAGGAAGGAAGUAUCUCUCCCUUGUCUGUUUCCAUUGGUCCUUGACAUGUUAUGGAGUAAAUUGAAAUCAAGCAAACUUGGGUGAAAAGGAGACUGUUCGGUGCUAAGAGUUGGAAUUGUUGGAACAUGCACGCCCUGUUUUAGGAGUUUUCUGUAAAAUCCCCCUGGCAAAAGGAGAGGGAGUGAAGGAUGAAGUGAAACCACAAAUAGAAUUUUAGAUAAUACAGGGGCACCUGGGUGUCUGUUUCACGAUUUCAGCUCCGGUCAUGAUCUUGCGGUUCGUUAGUUUGAGCCCCGCAUUGGGCCCUACACUGACAAUGAGGACCCUGCUUGGGAUUCUCUGUCUCUCUUUGUUCCUCCCCCACUUGUGCAUGCUCUCUGUCUCUCUCUGUCUCCGUCUCUCUCGCUCAAAAUAAAUAAACUUAAAAAAAAAGAAUUUUAGACAAUGCAACGGUAUGGUUAGAAUAGGGAUAAGACAGAAACCCAGCAGUUACUGGUUAUGAUAUGGGAAGUUUUGCUGUGUUUUAUGUUUAACACAAAGCUGAGACUUCUGUAUAUCAAGUGUAAAUAGCACGUGUGCCAGACGUGAGAAAAGACUGUGAAGUUCUGCUAGGAAGCUAGCGAAUACAUUGGGUAGCAUGACUCAGUGCUAUACUUACAUAUGUAGGUUAACCCAGUUAAAAAAUAAUAACAUUUCAAAAAAUAUAUGCUCAAUACACAAAAGCUAUCAUGUAGAAUAGCACAAAGAAAAGAUUACACGUAGGCCCAGAACCAGUGAUAACUGUGGUUAUAAUUUUGGUAUAUCUUUCUAAUUUUUUACUCUAUGGAUAUAUAAGUUUACCAGUAAAUCAUUAUCACAAGAUGAUCGUCUUUUUUUUUUUUUUUAAGAAUUUUUUAAUUUUAAUUUUAUUUUUUAUUUUAAAGUUUAUCUUUUUGAGAGAGAGCAUGCAAGUUGGGGAGGGACAGACAGGGAGAGAGGGAAUCCCAAGCAGGCUCCACACUGACAGCACGGAGCCCGACGUGGGGCUGGAACUCAAGAACCGCAAGAUCAAGAUCUGAGCUGAAAUUAAGAGUCGGACGCUUAACUGAGCCACCCAUGUGCCCUCCCCCUUUUUAAAAAUAGUUUAUUUACUUAGAGAAGGAGAGAGAGAAUCCCAAGCAGGCUCCGUGCUGUCCUCACAGAGCCCGACGCAUGGCUUAAUCCCAUGAACUAUGAGAUCAUGACAUGACCCAAAAUGAAGAGUCGAAUGCUCAACCAACACAGCCACCCAGGCGCCCCCCCCUUUUGACUAAUUCUCAAAUACGGAUACUUAUUAAUGGGAUAUGUGUCAUUCUGAGCAUCACAUAACCACGUAAACCUUGGAAUUAGAUCGGACACUGUCACCCCCACGGUUCUGUCUUAUUCCGCAUUGAGGCUAGUGGUCCUUUUUAUCCCAGUCACCACCAAAAACCUCAGCUCUACAAAGACAGGACAGGACCGAAAGGAAUGAAGGCUGUUACAGUUCUGAGGCUGUGAGCCAUAAGCAAGUAGUUUGCAGGGCGCAUGAUGGAUGUCAAGUAUGACAGUUGCCCUUAGGAACAUGUAAAUAUUCUUCAUGACCCUGGGACAGUUUGAUGUGAAGUUCAGGAACUGCAGCAUUAAUGCGUUUAUUAGGAUUGUUCAGGUUCUUCAUAACUUUUGAGUUUGCUUAGUUGGGUAUCUUUUUAUCUAGUACUUUGUCUAUUUUACCAAAAUGCUUAAUGUUACUGUCAGAAAUUGUUCAUAAUAUUCUUAAAUUUUUAGUAUAUUCUACAUUUGUAGUUAUAGCUGCACUAAAUUUUGAAUAACACUUAUGUCUUUACCUUAUUUAUUUUUUGAUCAAUCUGGCAAGAAUUGUAUUAGUCUUCACAUUGGCCUUGUUAACUCUUUUACAUUUUGUCUUCUUGAGGCACCUCGGUGCCUCAGUCAACCGGUUAAGCAUCCGAUUCUUGAUUUCAGCUCGGGUCAUGAUCUCAUGGUUCGUGAGUUUGACCCCUGGGUCUGGCUCUGUGCUGAGAGCGUGGAGCCUGCUCCAAAAUAAACAGUGUGGAACUUGCUCUCAAAAUAAACAAACAUUUAAAUUUUUGCUUACUUCCUGCCUUUUAUUUUAUUAGAGUUUAUUCUAUUGUUCAUUUCCCAAGUUAGUUACUUAUUGGUCUUCAGCUAUUCUUUUAUGUAAAUAAGCUUUUUCUAAAGAUCGUUUUAGCUCUAUUUCACAUAUUUUAAUACAUAUUUUCAAUUGCGUUCAGUUCCAUUUUCUAAUUUCCAUCGUGAUUUUUCCUUGAGUAAUUGGUUAUUUAGAAAUGUUUUUCAGAUGUGGCUGGGGCUUCACUGGCCUCACUAUGUCUACCGUUUUCGGUUUCCAGAGUCUGUUGACUGUAAUCUUGCUGCUUAUAUGUACCUGUGCUUAUAUCCUAUCCUUGGCACCCGGCCUCCUAGACAGAAAUAAAACUGGAUUGUUGGGUAUAUUUUGGAAGUGCGCCAGAAUUGGUGAACGGAAGAGUCCUUACGUCGCAGUGUGCUGUACAUGAUGGCCUUCGGCAUUUUCUUCAUACAGUAGCUGGGAAAAAUACCAUAAUUUAAUUGCCAGCAGAUUUCCGUAUGAAAAAAGGACUUAUCUAUAGAACAUAAUGGAAUGAAUAGUUAACUCUUUUAUCUCUGAACACUGAAUGAGAUAAAUUUCCAGCUGCUGUUCUCUAUUUUUGUUAUUGGACCAAUGUUCUAUAUAAAUAGGAUGUAACCAUUUAAUAUGCAGAGUUUAAUAUGUCUAACAAUCAAUGUGAGCAGUGUCACUACAAUAUUACGUUCUGCAAAUGUUACUCUGUCAGAUACCAGUUUUUAGUGAGGCAUCUCUGAGACACAGAAUAGAAAACAAAAUUGGGAAAUCACUUACUUCCCUUCACUGUGAUUUGGAAAUGAUAAAUCUUUAUGGGAUGAGACACUUUUCUGGGCUAGCUUUUUUAUUGAGAAAAAAAGGUUCAAUUUGUGUUGGUAAGGAUUGCAUUCAUAUUUAAUAAUGCUUGCUUUUCCUCUGGCCACACCAGAGCAUUAACAGAGUGCCUCUAAGCAAACUCUAUAGUGUAUUACAGACGUUUCAACUAUUUAAAACAAGCCUGUGCAGUUCUUAAGGAAGAAGGUAAAUGAGAUAUAACUUAAGAGUAGUAUUGGGAAAAUGUCCAUAUUUAACAUAAAAGUUUAGAAUAGCUGACUGGUCCAGUAGCCUCUGAAAACUCUAGAUAAGUAUGGAUAAAUAUCUUACGAAUAAAUUGACCAGCUGUCAUUCUCUGAAUAAGACUACAUUCUUAGAGUGAAAAGAACAAAAUAGAACAAUUCAGAAUGAUAAAAAAAAAAGUUUUUCAUUUCCAAGUUACGUGUUUCUAUUAGCUAUUUUUCUAACAUUUAUUUCUAAACAGUUUGCUUUGUGGUCAGAGAUGCGUUGUAUGAAUACUUUUUUUUAAAUUCAGUGAAAUUAACAUGAUACCUGGCACAGUCAGUUUUUAUCAUUGUUUUGUGUUUAAGUUUAUUUAUUUAUUUAGAGAGCAUGUGGGAGGGGCAGAGAGAGAGGGAGGGACAGAAUCCCAAGCAGGCUCCACACUGGACCGCGCAGAGCCCGACGUGGAGCUAGAACUCACAAACUGUGAGACCAUGACCUGGGCCAAAACCAAGAGUUGGACGCUUAACCAACUGAGCCACCCAGAUGCCCCUGGAAUUGUUUUAUAUGUGAUUGUAAAGAACUUCCAACUAUCUGAAACAAUAUUCAUGUAUGCCUAUUACAUCAAACUUGGAUUUUGGUUGAUCUGAAAAAUGAAGUUUGGUAUCAAAAAUGUCAUGACCCUGUAUGUAAAGCAGAAAACUU